UCCGCGGGCGCGGGGAGGCGGGGCGGCGGACGUCGAGGUUUGAAUAGGGAAGUGUGGCUCUCGCAGUCGAGCCCGUGCAGCCCAGCAGAGAGUCUGCAAACACCAAAACACCGUUUAGGACCCUCGGAAACAGCGAUCAACACCAGGACCAGGACCAGGACCCUCACACAACAAGUCUGCAACCGUCAUCUUGCGGAGGAUCGCUCUUUUUUUUCUCCGUCCUUCGCCGCCUCUUGGCUUGUGUUGGGUUUUUUUUUUUUUUUUUUUUUUCUAGAAAAAUAAAAAUAACAGAAGAAAAAAACAUUAGAUCGCAACUCUGUGGUUCUUUUUAGACAGUUAAGUUCGGAAGCGAAAAACAUGGAUGUUUUACCGAUGUGCAGCAUCUUUCAAGAACUUCAAAUAGUUCACGACACGGGCUAUUUCUCAGCCUUACCGUCCCUGGAGGAGUACUGGCAGCAGACGUGCUUGGAGUUGGAGCGCUACCUGCAGAGCGAGCCCUACGUCUCCACGUCGGACCUGAAGUUCGAUGGCCAGGAGGACCUCUGGAGCAAGCUCAUCCUGGCCUGCGGGGACAAGGCCAAGGCCGACCCCAAGCUGCCCCGGCCCCACGACGAGGACAAUCAGGACAGCCCCAUCUUGGACAGCCACAGCGUGAGCUCGGACGCCAGCAGCGAGGCUUCGGACAGUUCCGAGGAGCUUUCUCCCACGCACAGCUUUAGCGCCAACCCGCUGGGCUCCGUCUUGGUUGGCUCUGGACCUUUUAGCCCCUCCGUCAUCAGCACUCCCCCGUCGUCUCCCGAGGCCCACUUGGAGGCCGGCGCCGUCACGACGAGCGGCUGGGCGGCCGUGCACAGCGAGCUGCACUUGCCGGUCAAAAUCAGGAGCGGCGCGGGGGCGGCGGGGGCGGCGGCGGCGGCCAAGGGCACGGAAAAGACGGGACUCAUCUGCGGGGACGCGUCGCCGGACGGCAGGAGGCGGGUACACCGGUGCCACUUCAACGGCUGCCGCAAGGUUUACACGAAGAGCUCGCACCUAAAAGCACACCAGCGCACUCAUACAGGUGAGAAGCCGUACAGGUGUUCGUGGGAAGGCUGCGAGUGGCGUUUUGCACGGAGCGACGAGUUGACCAGACACUUCAGGAAGCACACUGGGGCAAAGCCCUUCAAAUGCAGUCACUGUGACAGAUGUUUCUCCAGGUCUGACCAUCUGGCUCUUCACAUGAAGAGGCACAUCUGAACGCAGGGCCAGCCGCAACCAAGCAACGCAGCGAAGGGGAUCCUUUUCCUUUUUCUUUUUCUUUUCCUUUUUGUUUUCUUUUUCUUAAAGUGGAGAGAGAGAAAAAACCCACCGACGCCACCUCCCUGACCGGCCCCCCUCGGCCCCCCUCGGGCCCGGGCCGCCCCAGAGCGGGAGUGGCGGGAGUGUGCGUUCCAGCCAAAGCAUGCCGUUUUGCACCAUUACUGAAACCCAGUGCCUCCGGGACCUCUCCGUUGGGAGAAAAAAGGCGCUCUGAAGGUUGUUUUGUUGCAACAAGAGGACGAGUUCGUGGAUUUUGGGGGAAAAAGACGCCGUUUUUGUUUGGGAAGGACUCCGAACAUGCAAAAAAAAAACACAAAAAAACAACAAAAAAAACACAAAAAAGACCAAAAAAAAACUUUAAAAGAAGGAAAAAAAAAAAUGUAGACACAAGCGUUAAGAGUGAAUGGCUUGUAUGUGUGGUGCAUGAUGUUUUGGGGACAUCUCCCGGACAGCAGAUACACUGGUACUUUACAAACCUGUCUGAGGUAAGCAUGCGUGCACUGUGAAUGUCUGUGAUUGGCCGACCAGCCGCCCCCCCCAUCCCCCCCCACCAUCCCCCGGAAAGACUAAAGGAGGACAGGAUUUUGGGAAGAAGGUGGAUGAUACGGGGCUGGUACCAACGUCGCUGUGGACUUAAUGGGUUCCUGGGGGGGCGAGGCGGGGAGGACGGCCCGGCCCAUCGUCUGUCUGGCACCCAGACUCUUGAGGGAGGACGAUGUUGAGGCCUCGGGUCGGACCAGAGAUGGAGACCCUUCUGGUCAGUGACCCGAGGACUGAAAAAAACUAAAAAAAAAACCCAAUCCUCCCUCCCAAUGGGUCACUGUAUGACAGGAGCUCUUUUUCCUUGUUUUUGGUGCAGCUACUAAAUGUGCAAUGUGUUAUGUAGCCUGGUUUAUUUUAUUAUUUUUAUUUUUUUUUUAUUACAAACUACAAAGCUCAUUUGUAGUCCAACUGUAUAAGCUGUGUGCUUAGAGGUAAAAACACAACUAUACUAUAACUUCAGUAUCAUAGACAGGUAUUGCAUGGAUCUAGGGGUUUGUUCAUUUCCAGUUUUCACUGUAAUCAGGACUGCAAAUAGUUUCAAUAAAAGUGCAGCUAAAAUGCGAACGGUUAAAUGUUACAAUAUUGUACAUAAAGCCUUGAUUUCUCUUCUAUUCAUCCACCUCCUUCAUCCUGGUUCAUCUGCUUGGGAUUUUCUCGACGGCUCACUGGUUCACUCAUUCAUUCGAUGCCUCAAGGACUAAUUUUUUUUUGCUUUUCUUAUUUUUGUGUACUUUCUUUAUAUCUAAUAAUGCACUGUUGACCUUAAUGGUGCCUUAUGCAAGUGACUCGGCCCUGCGGUGGCAGCGGCUCCUUCCCUUGGGAUGUCACGUUUGUUGUCCGGAUGAUUUUUGACAAGCUCGAUCAAGGCUCAGUUAUGAAUGAUCUCGUACCUCCUUUUUGCAAUAGUUAAUUUUUUAAAGUGAUUUAUUUUAUUAUUUUUUUUGGUAGGAUAUUAUGUUGUUAAAAUGUAAAUGUUAACAAAAAGUACCUAUUCUUGAGUUGAUUGCCUUUAUUUUCGUUGUUGUUAUUUGUAUCUGAGGUCGCGGCGCCAUUUUCGGUGCAGUUUCCCAGUUAAAUUAAGUCAAAAAUUGUAUAUAAGACAAAAUGCUGUAUGUGAAGAGCACUUAAAUUCAUUUAUUAAAGGCGAUAACUACUG